AUGGGUAACAUUUUCGGAAAUCUGUUCAAAGGCCUCUUUGGUAAGAAGGAGAUGAGAAUUCUUAUGGUGGGAUUGGAUGCAGCUGGUAAGACGACAAUUCUAUACAAGUUGAAGUUGGGCGAAAUUGUUACUACGAUUCCUACAAUUGGUUUCAACGUCGAGACAGUCGAGUACAAGAACAUAUCGUUUACAGUGUGGGACGUUGGAGGUCAGGAUAAGAUUAGACCUCUGUGGAGGCACUACUUCCAGAACACCCAAGGACUUAUUUUUGUCGUUGAUUCGAAUGAUCGUGAGCGUGUUGGUGAGGCUCGGGAAGAACUGAUGCGUAUGCUGGCUGAGGACGAACUCAGAGAUGCUGUUCUACUUGUCUUUGCUAAUAAACAGGAUCUCCCAAAUGCAAUGAAUGCAGCUGAAGUUACAGAUAAGCUAGGAUUACAUACACUGAGGAACAGGUCUUGGUACAUCCAGGCUACUUGUGCGACAUCGGGUGAUGGCCUUUAUGAGGGUCUUGAUUGGUUGAGCAACCAGCUGAAGAAUAGAGGAUGA